GUCAAAGAGUAAAGAAGCCAAAAGACAGCUAGUUCUUGCAUCGUCAGGCCACUUCUGCCGCGUCGCCGUCGUAUUUACUGUUGUAGCCCUCCUGUCGUUGAUAGCGAUAGUGAUAGCAGCUUUCUUGAAACACUGCAACUACAGGUCCUCAUAGACAUAGUACUCAAUCCCAUUCCGCCGCGACGAAUCAUUUCUACACGCAUUUUUACGCACCCACGCGGCAAGAGCGUCCGUCUAUAUCACCAAUACGUACAGCAACUUCUUGUUCUUCUAGCAGGACAGCACCAGCAAUAAGAAUCGAGAGCGUUAUACUUAGUUUUAGAAAAUUAAUACCCUUUUGAAAAAGAUAAAGCGACAAAUAUAAAAUCUUCUAAACUCGUCAAAGAUGAUGUCCUCGUUGCUCGAUCAUCUGGACAAGGACGCGUUGAAAAAGAUCCUCGGCAACGUAUCAUUUGUAAAAACGUCCCCGCCCCAGAGUUGUAAUGCAAACCUGCAUGCUCAAAAUGUUUCUCAUGCAGAAACCCAGGAGAAGCAGUUGCUAUUGGUGUUUUGAGAUUUGUGAUGCUCAAAUUCGCGUAGUAUGCUAGAUCUGUGAUGCUGCUGCACUAGCUAAGCACGACUACACUGCGAGCCCAAUUUUGUCAUGCGCAACAGCCAAAGCCUGGCGAUUUGUCUAGCAGGUUUCCGAUCUUGACUCUGGGGGGAGGACGUCUUUGCUCACCAUAAAACGCCAUUGCCGCGGGUGUGGUGGACGAAAAAUUGAACCCCGUCAGCUCCUCCCUCGCCUGCCACGAAGCCAUCCUCAACGGCGCUACCUUCGUAUCAAAUGUAAAAAUGUCUGGGUCUGGAAGAAUCCGAACUUGUGAUGCUGCAUUGGGAUUCCAGAAAAAUCUGUAUUGCAUGAGUACCAAAGGGAAUGCAAUUUUUGCUACGCUGAGAAGGCAUUUGUCAUUCGGAAUAGGCAUCAAGAAGUCCUCAAAAAAUCUGUAUUGCUAUGGUAUGCAUCACAGACAUCAUGGCUCAUGCAAAACGUGCAUGACAAGUGUCAGAAUCUUCCAGAGCCAGACACUUUUACAUUUGAUACUUCGAGGUGCCACCGGAAACGGACCGGGCACAGUAUUUAUCGGAAGGAGGAUACGGGGUGGUGUGUAAGUGCCGAGUGUUAAACCCGAAGCGGUACCAUGGCUGCGACCAGAUCGCGGUGAAGAAGGUAUAGUGUUUUGUUUGUGCUGCAGAUGAGAACUGAGGCAGAACUGGCGGGUUUGAGCAUGCAUAAAGCGACUUUUGUGGAAGUUGGACUGCUGGGAAGUCCUCACAUACGAGGAUAUUUGCUUCACAAAUUCGUCUAAUGAACUCUAUCAGGUCUCCCUCCCGCAUGAAAAAGCGUUCGAUAACGACUGGGAGGACAACAUCCGCCUGCUCCGCGAGAUCCACUUCAUGAAGCACCUUCCGCACCCAAACAUCACGCCCAUUGUGUCCAUCUACAUGAACAAAGAGGCGCAGAACAUUAUCCUGUGCAAAAACAUCCCCAGCCCAGAGUUGUCAUGCAGAUCUGCAAGCACAAGAGCUGAGCAUUUGUAAUGCGCAUCCCCACGAGAGGCAUUUCCCAUCGUGUUUUGGAACUUGUAAUGCUGUGAACAGGAUAAGGAGCUGGAUUUCUUAUGCGGCUUCUCUUGCUAAACUGCAUUAUAUCACAGCCUGCAACUUGUCAUGCGUGGCUCCCAAAACUUUAAGGUUUGUGUUGCAAAAUCCCCAUCUUGACUCUGGAGUGGGGACGUUUUUACAAAUGAUAAACAUCGAGAUUGCAAGAGAGGAGGAGGAGGAUCAGCCCGUUAUUUCAAAACCCAGCAAGCAGGCGAAAAUAACAGAAGAGGGGAACAACAAGAAGAGUAAAAUGAAAUCCCCCGCGGUCACAGCGGCGGAUAAAGUAGAACAGCAAUUGAAGCCGAUCAACUCGAAGACGCAGGAGGCACUGAAGAAGAAUCUAAAGUGCUUUUACAUCGUGAUGCCGCUUUACACACCGGGGUCGAUUGACAUGAUGGGCAUUAUUCGGAACGAAAAACAGUUCUGCUCGAUUAUGCGGGAUUGCGUGUCUGGGCUGCUGUGGAUGCACCGGCACAAGGUAAUAUACAUUGUAACUCUAUGCAUGGCAGUUGAUUUAUUCACAACCUCAUUUUCGCAUGACAAAGAACCUCAAGUACUUUCACUUUGCACGCAUUUUACAGAAAAUCAUGCAAAUUAUCAGGUCCUCCACCGCGACAUCAAGCGGGAAAACAUUUUUUAUCGGCCGCCACUUUUUCACUUGCCCGAACCGAUCGGACGGCGAUGCUGAUGGCCGAGGAACUUCUGCCCGUCACUUUUGCCCGAUCGGAACGAAAAUGAUAGCCGCCGAAAGUGAUGGCCACCCAUCCAAGGGGCUCCUGGCCAUCACUUUGCCUGGCUGCCCGGCUGUCCGUCCGAGCGAAAAGUGGCGGCCGGGGAGCUAUCGGCCAUCACUUUUGCCCGUGCAGAGUGAUGGCCAAGUGGCUCCAGGCCAUCACUUUCGCCCGACGAACCGGAAACACUUUUGCCCGAGCGAAAAGCGACCGACACAUGCAUGGCCAAGGAGGUCCUGGCCGUGCCGUCGCUUUUGCCCGCCCGGGAAGUGAUGGCCAAGGGCCUCUCUGCCAUCACUUUCUUUUGCCCGACCGGGAAGUGAUGGCCAAAAGCGAUGGCCAGGGAGCUCUUCUUGGCCAUCACUUUUGCCCGAGCGAAAGUUGGUGGCUGGCCGUGGAAUUUUUGGCCAUCACUUUUGCCGGCCGGAAAGGGACGGCCAGGGAUCACUCUGCCCGACCGGAAAGUGAUGGCCCAGGAGGGGCUUUUGGCCAUCAAUUUUGCCCGGCCGGUAAGUGAUGCUUUUGGCCCCGGAGCUCGCGGCCGCCGCUUUUGCCUGACAGACUGGGCAUGCCCCCCUUGGAAAACUUUUGCCCGAGCGAAGGCAAGGGGAUGGCCAGGGAGCUCUUGGCCAUCAUUUUCACGCUUUCUCUAGCAAAAUCACACUGAAGUUGAUGCGUGGCUUUGCUCUGCUGCUCGCCAGAGCGUGCAGCGUAACAUUUUGCACGACGGUACGGGGUACAGAUAACGGGAACGCGUUCAAUCUGUUACGCGAAGCUUCUAGACGAGACCUUCUAAGCACAUUCGUUUAGAAUUAUUUUUCUAAGUGCCUCCUAUAGAUUAUAGCAAAGGGGGAGGGCAAAGUCGUUUCACUAUUAUUAUAAUUAUGCAUGACGCCAGUUGAUUUCACAACCUCAUUUUCGCAUGACAAAGAGCCUCAUAGUGCUUUCACUUUACCACAAGAACGACGCCCGCAUUUGAAAACAAAUCAUGCGAAUUAUCAGGUCCUCCACCGCGACAUCAAGCGGGAAAAUAUUUUUUUUUUUCAAACGCGGCCACGAUUAUCAAACAUGUAUGGCUUUUCUUCCUCUGGUCGAUAGAGAAGUGGCAAAUAAUGUUAGAGCUAAGCUUUGCGCGCCCAGGUUGUUUUACGGCCCUCUUUCGAAAGUUGUCGGGGCUUUCGCCUUCCGAAGUUCCCGAGAUUCCAUUUGUGUCUCCUGCGUUCGGAAGGUGUGUGUCUCUGGGGAUUCCGUCUUCAUUUCGCCUUCCCUCGGAAGAUCCAUCCGUUCCUCUCGGAGUUCCAUGCCCGUUUCGCCUCCUCUCGGGAGACCCAUUGAGAGGGACGGAUGGAUCUUGCGAGGGAAGGCAAUGGCAUUGCUUUCGGGAUUCUGUUUCCACUUCGCCUUCCUCGGGAUGGUGUCUGUCAGUCUCGGGGGAUUCCGUUUCGCGUUCCUGCGGUCUCAGGGGACUCCAUUUCGCCCUCCUGUGGAAGGUGUCUCGGGGGCCUCCAUUUCGCCUUCCUUGUCCUUCGGCAGUUCUCUCCGGGGAUUCUAUUUCGCCUCUUUCGGAAGGUCUCUUUGGGGAUUGGCACGGUUCUCCUCUCAGGGAGUUCCGUCUUGUCUUCCCGAUGUCCGGGGUUUAUUCCGCCUGCAGCACUAAGGGGCCGAGGCUUUGCCUCAGGUGUUUGGCAUUUGCCAACUUCGCCCGCUUCAUCGCCUUGGGGGGAUCCGGGGCGUUUAGCUUCGGAAGCGCCGAAGCUUUCACCUUCGGAGGCUCCGAAGCUUCUUUGGCUUCGGCAGCCCCGGAUGUCUCGCCUUCGGAAGCUCUGGCGGGUCGCUCCCCGGCGGAAGGUCCGCAGCUUGAUUGGCUCUCGGGAUUGAAUGGCCCGAGCUUAUUUACACCUCCUGCGCGACGUGGGUUGUUCGGGGUUUUUCUGUGCCCGGGCUCGCCGAGGCGUUUGGGAUUCGGUUUCGAAGCGCGCAAAGUUGCCGUUUGGGCUGCGUGCGUAUACUUACAGCUUUUGCGCCGGGGGCCCGGCCCAGGUUUUUUCUUUUGUAUCCCCGGGCCUCGUCACAUCCACGCCGGCCCCGGGGGCCCGGAACAUGUAUGGCCCGUCGGAAGGCGGGCCGGCCUUCGGUAAAGGUAGGCGGGGGUCCCGAAGCGUGGAACUUUCCCUUCUGGGGAGACCCGGGGUUUUGUCCUCCGUGAUGAAGCCAGGAAUUCAAUUCCGCUCGUUGGUGCCGGCAGGGCUGCAAUUUCUUUCGCUUCGGGGGAGCAGAUGCCUGCCGCCCCGGGGGGAUCUCUGAGAUCUUUACCCACCGCGCAUGCAUCUAUGAGAGCUUUCGCCACGCGCGUGCAUGGUGAAUAACGUUUGGCAGCGGAAGUAACGGGACCCGCGCAGUGCUUUUGCUUCUGGCGGAAACGGGACACGCAACGCGAUUUCACGUAACGGGAUUCCCGGGAUCAACUUGAUUCCACGCAACGGGAUUCCAGGACCCAACUUGAUUCCAGUCAACUUGAUUCCAGGAUCCAACUUGAGUCCAUUUAACUUGAUUCCAGUGACCAACUUGAUUCCAACAAUUUGACCAACUUGAUUCCUUGGACGUCCCAAAUAAAUUAUCAGGUCCUCCACCGCGACAUCAAGCGGGAAAACAUUUUUUACGAGGGCGCGCGCAGCGCGUGGAAAAUAUUCGAAAGGAACUGGGGCGAGGGGGGCUCGCCCUGCUGCGCCUCGCGGCGAAGCUAACUAAUAUGAGGGCGCGCGGCGCGGGCUCGCGCAGGGGCAAGUCAGGAAGCCCCCCUUUUGUGCUGAGAAAUUGCAGCAGAGCCGCAUCGCCCGCAAGGGAAUUGAAAACGUGACGGCGCGCGCAGCGCGAAGUGAAAAAUUGCACAGCCUCCGACGCGCGGCGCCACUUGAGUAAAAACUUGCGCCACCCGCAACGCAGCGGCAGGGCAGGGAAAUACGAAAGCGCGCGCAGCGCGCCAAAUUUUUUUGGUGUCGCGCUUCGUGCGCCCGAUACGAAAAGGAAUUCGCAGCGCGUAUCAAUAUUGGCCUGGCCCGAACAGAAUAGCGCCUGCCACACGACAGGGCGCGCAGCGAUUGUUUGUCAGCGUUUUGCAUUGGUGGGGCCGAGCCGUACACCGCCUACCCGCGCUGCUACUCGACUAUAUGAAUUCCCUCUUGGCGUGGGCCGAGUAACGGGGGGGUGGGUGGGCAUGCAUGCAUAAUUUCGUCGACGUUACCUGGGUAACGUCUCGGCUUUUGUUGGACAGACUCUUAUGCAUGACAGGUCGUGAUUUCUCAACCUCAUUUUCGCAUUACAGAGACCUCAUAUUACUUUCACUUUACCAGAAAAAACGGCGCACGCAUUUUAAAACAAAUCAUGCAAAUUUUUAUCAGGUCCUCCACCGCGACAUCAAGCGGGAAAACAUUUUUUCAAAAAAAAAAAACAGGAGACCUAAAGUUCGGGUGUGAAUUUCUUCGCCCGGCUUCUGCUCCCUUCCUUGAGUUGCUGCGGUGUUGAAGUUCUCACUCAUGCUCGACUGUGUAGGAGGGUUGAUGUUGCCUCACCCCUCUAAGGUCUCAGGAGUCACGCUGCCACACUGUCUCCAAACCCACGCCGACAAUACCAAAGAGCAUUUUUGACAAGAAUUAAAAAGCAACAAAGAAGCAUACUGCAGGGGGAAGGGGAAAGGCUUGCUGCUACGUAAAAAGCGCAGCCGUGCAUCUCAGAGGGCUUGCUUGGGGGUAGUUUCUGAAUAUUCUCAUCAUGCGUUUACUUUUUCGAGCCGGACUCGAAGUGAAAAUACAAGUCAGCAACUACCCCCUUCUCUGCCUUCCUCCUGUAGCAAUUCUUCCAAAAAGAGCCCAGUAGGACCAUCAACAUCGCGCUGCGCCCAGUCAUGCAUGUCAUGGCAAAACAGGAUCCCAAAAGUUGCUUCUUCAAAACUCACGCAAUUGUGAUUCGAGAUUUCCCGACCUUUAGGCUUAGUUUUUUAGGCGUGAGGGGCGGGGCAGUGGGCCACUCGGAUCAGGUACAGAAUCACCACCGAAAAAAGGAAGAGCAAUGCAGCGCCUGUGCUGUUGCAUCACUACAGUUGUCGACUCUCUUGCACAGCGAGAUUGAAGGCAACUCGGUGGUGUGACUCACCGCCUGCUGACCAUGUGAACAACUGUAGCAUGUCGCGACGAGAAGGGGCAAGCAGUCUGGAGCCGAAAGGCGAAGGGGUCAGAUGGCACUUACGAACCACGAAUACGAUGCCGCGAUAGAACAAGGACGACGAGCCUGGAUCAUUUCCUUUUCCGAUCUGAAGUUGUCUAUGUGAUAUUUCGCUGCGUUAUUUUUGUGAUUUGUAUUUUUAAAAAAAAAAUAAAAAUUAUCAGGUCCUCCACCGCGACAUCAAGCGGGAAAACAUUUUUUACGAUGCGAAGAACCAAAACGCCAUCAUCGCGGACUUGGGCAUGGCCAGGUCGACGAAGAAGCACAUGACGGGGGGACGGGAGUGCUCGACCAAGUCCUACCUGGCACCGGAACUCAUCAUGGAAACCACGGAGUCCUACUCCUUCCCCGUCGACAUCUGGGCGCUGGGGUGCGUGUUCUACGAGAUGCUGGUGUGCAACAACGAGUCGAGCUCGAUGUUCGCGGAAACCAACCCGUAUCACUUGAUCCUCGCGAGACAGUACUCGAUAAACCGAACGGCGUUUAAGACGAAACUCGGCCGGAAAAGAAUCACCUACGGCGUGCACAACAUCCAGCAGUUGGCGACGCAGGAGGCGAGUUGGGUGAAAAAGAAGUGGGUGGCGUUGGAGAAGCAGCUGGACAACCUCUGUGCGCCUGCGAACGAGAAGACGAAUAAACAGAGCAGCAAGUCCACCACGAGAAACGACAAAAAACAGUCCCUCACUAACUCCUCCGUUUCCAACAUCGACGACGCCGCUUCUAUAUCGAAUGCAAAUAUGUCUGGGUCUGGAAGAUUGCGAGACUUCUCAUGCUAGUUUGGCAUGACUCAGAACUCUGUAUUGCGUGGCCACGAAGACCUCCUCUUGUCUGUCAUGCAAAAACGACAUUUCUCAUGCGGAAUACGCAGCACAGAAACACGAAAAAACUUGUCAUGCUUAGCGGUGCUUUACAGUGCACUUAUUCUUGACUGACUCGCAUCACAAGUUUCCAGACGCAGAGAUAUUUGCAAUGCAUAUUCUAGCCCGGACCAGCUGUUUGCUGAUAGCAGCAACAUCGCGGACUCGGGGGAACUAUGACAGUGCACAACUCCCCCUCCCCCUCAUUUGUAAAGCAUGAGCGGCAAUACAAGCAUCAGCAAGAAUGCCGGUUCUGCAUGACAAAUUUACACUAGAGUGUAGUGCUAUUUGGGCUACCAGAACUUGCCAUGCACAGAGUGCCAAGAGGAACACAGUGGAUUGGGGGUUUUGCAUGACAAAAAGGGGGAGGGGAAAUUGUGCACUUUCAUAGGAGCUGGACAACAGCGAUCAGCCCCACCAUGGCAAGAUGCCGCAACAGGGCCCGUGGGACAGCAGCAUGAAGCAGUUUUUACUCGAGGAUAUCAUCAAAAAAUGCCUCCAAUUUUACCCCGCGGAACGAAUAACCGCCCAGGAACUCGCGGACGUGCUGAAGAAUUCCCGGGUGUGCAAGCUGGCGGGCAAGAUCCACAUGCCGAAAAAGAUGAACCAGAAAACCGUCACGGAAACGUUUUUGGAGGACAUUUCCAAACUGGAAACGGAAGCCGAACGUGGCAUGAAAAUCCGCGAGCACCUGUUUGAACUGACACUGCAAUCGAAGAAGGAAGACGAGGAGACGGUGAAGAUGCUGCAGGAGCAUAUCCUGAAGAAAAACGUCCGCACCCCAGAGUCAAGAUGGGGAUUUUGCAACACAAACCUCGAAGGUUUUGGAAUCAUGCAUUACAGGUCGAAGGCUCUAGCGUAGUGCAGUUUAGCAAGGGAAGUCGCAUUACAAAUCCAUCGGCUUAUCCUGUUUACAGCAUUACAAGUUCCAAAACACGAUCGGCAAUGCCUAUCAUGGGGAUGCGCAUCACAAAUGGUUCUGUCAUUGCAAAUCUGCAUGACAACUCUGGGGUGGGGAUGUUUUUACACAGGAUAGAACAACGAGUGUCCGGGUCGGGGACGUUGGCGGGCGUGAAUCCGUUUCUGAACAAGCAUUCCAAGUCGAUAAGUGAAGACGCGCUUGGGCUGCUCCAAUCCUUCUCCGGCGAACCAGAUACUUUAUGCAUUGCAAAAGUGUCGUACUAGUACUAAGAAUCACAAUCAUGCAUUACAAAUUUCCUUCUCAAGUCAAACCCGCAUUGCAAAUUUCAUGUGUCAUCAUGGUGAGGAAAUUUGUCAUGCGAUUUAUACUAGAACUAGUCUACGAUACUUUUGCAGUGCAUACACUUCGGUCUUAGACAAUUUACCGAACCACGUCAACCCAGCGGGACCGGGGAACGGGAGCACAACUAGCGGGUCGAGUUCCAGUUCAGCAGGCGGGGUGAUGGGUAGUCUGUUUUCCCGGAUUUCCCCUAUGGCCUCGAUGAGCGCGGCGGGAGGGCAGAGCGCAGCAGGAGGAGCGUCCAGCAGCUCUUCCAGCGGAACAACGGGAAUAUACAAGAACGGUUCUAAGCCGAGUUUGUGGCAGAAGUUGACGAAUAAGGUGACGGGAAGUAGUGGUCAAAACGACUCCUCCGGGUCCUCUUCCGAUAACAACAACUAUCCCUACAACAGCACAAAAUCCAACCCCUUCGCCGAAUCGCCGUCGGAAUUCUCCCAAAACAGCAAUUUUUCCGUGGUCAACAACAGUCGGGAGUUGUUAGUUCUUCGACCGACGUCCCCGCAAUUGAAUUUCAACAAGAUCGCGUCCCUCACCUCCGGGAAGAACACCGGGUUCACGCCAAAUUUGGAGCAUAGUAACGCAUCCCAGGAAUUGCUAGAGGACAUCGCACCACUCACGCCAACAGCGAAGAAAAAUGCGCUUGGAAAUAAUUGCAGUAAAAACGAACCACCAAGAAAAGCCACGCCUGCGGCGAAACGGCGGAAUGCGCGGCAGGCGCUGGCACUGCCGACGAUUGACGAGAACAACAUGGAAGAGGAAGAGGAGGAGGAGGACGGGUUCUUGGUGCAAAAUACGCGCAUCAACGCGGGAAUGGGUGCUGCCAAGAAAAACACGUCGUCGAAACGGACGAGAAAUGCGUCGAAGGAAAAGGAGAAUCUCACCGCGGGGACAUCGAAUACUUCGAAGGAAACCACAAGCGAGCCGGCGGGCAAGAAGCGGAGAUCCACGAAAAAAAGUACAACUUGAAUUAUCAAGGGAUAUAGUUGUACAGCACUAUCAUGGUUUAGAUAGUUUGCUACAGAACGACGUCGCUUCUUGUGUUGGUGAGAAGAAAGUGUUCUUGUGAUGCUUUGCUACAUACUACGCUGAUCUCCUUCCGGUCGUCUGCUGCUCUAUCGAAGGAGCUGUCCAUUUAGUCUUUUUAAAGCGACGAGGAGCACAAGGCAAAGAACUUGUCGCCCUUGUCCUAAAGUAGCUCCUGGUGUGUGAUAAGUGAAAAGUCAGAAGUUAAAUUUUGCUUCUUGAAAUCGCUCAGAACUACAGAAGCCAUGUGUUGGAUCUCUUGAUGUUGAAUCUGUUGGACAACUAUCUACUGAUUUUUUUGGACGACGAGCAUGGUGAUAGAACAGCACCAGACUUCCUGCUCAAGGUCUUCAAACAUAAAGCGAAGACGACAUUUUUAUUCGGAAGACGAAGGGAAAAAAAAAAAACGAAAAACGACCAUGACGACAACAACACUAAGCUCAUCCUAUUGAAGCCCUGACUAAGGAAAAAAAA